AUGCCUGAUGUCCCUGCAGUUGAAGCAGGCGCCGGCCGCUCGGCGCUCCUCGUGGCGUUGCUCGCGCCUUUGCUUGAUACCCUGCAGGAUGUGGCAAUCCUGUGCGUCAUGGGUGGCCUGCCCUGGAACACGCUCACAAAUCAACGCCACAAGCUGAAGCAAAAAUGGUUUGAUCCUAUGCCAUUGAGCGAAGUGUCAAGGAUAUCUCCUAUGAAAUCCAUGAGCAACAAGGAAUGGUGUGAUCUUGUGGAUUCCUGGAUAACUCCUAAGAAACCGGAUACUUGUGCAAAGAACAAGGUGAGCCGAUCAAUGGUCAAGUACCAGCAAGCCACUGGUUCACGCAGUUAUGAGGUGCAAGUACAAGAAGUGUUUCUGAGCGAGAAGUACAAAGAUAAACCUCCAGAUGCAGUUGACUUGUUCAAGGAGACCCACUUUAGUACAAAAAGAGGAUUUAGUGAGAAUGCGCAAGCUGCAAUUGAUUCUAUGGAAAAUUUCAUAACGAGAGAACCAAAAUCUGCUGCUGAGGUCAUUUCCGAUGUGCUGAAUGAGAGUACUAAGAAUAACAGAUUCUUGGAGCGUAUUGGUUUGCCGCCAAUCCCUUCGAGUAGAACAUCCAAGAGUAGCCUUCUGGAGAAGCUAGAAGCUGAAAGAGAUGGGAAUGCUGAGUUGCGUAGUACCAUUGAAGAGUUGAAAAAAGCAUAUGAAGAAGCUAAGGUGGCACAAGAAGAAGCUAGGAAAGCAAAGGAAGAAGCAGAUGCAGCAAGAGUAAAGAAUGAGGAAGAGAUUCAAGCAAUGAAGAAGAAACUUGAAGCAGAUGAAGCCCUACUUCGGCAAGUGAUGAGAAGGUUACAAGCCCAGUAA